UUUAAAAAGAAAAACAAAAGGAAAAAUUCCCUCAUUUUCUCUCUCUCUCUCUCACUCUCUAUCUCUUCUCUGUUCUCUCUCUUCCAUGGUGGAAGAACGCGGAAGCAGAGUCGCCGGAAAAAACAGAGAAGAUCGAAGAGCAUAGGCAAGAGGAUCACCAAAGCUAGGGUUUGUGAAUUGCUGAAUCCCAAGAAGUAGAAGAAUGCCGCUCUCGAAGUACCGCGUGAGGAACGAGUAUAGCUUGGCGGAUCCCGAGCUGUACCAUGCCGCCGACAAGGACGAUCCCGAAGCUCUUCUCGAAGCCAUCGCCAUGGCUGGUCUUGUCGGACUCUUGCGCCAGCUCGGUGACCUUGCCGAGUUUGCUGCUGAGAUCUUUCAUGAUUUACAUGAAGAAGUAAUGGCUACUGCUGCAAGAGGCCAUGGUCUUAUGGCUCGUGUUAAACAACUUGAGGUUGAAGUUCCUUCACUUGAGAAGGCUUUCUUUUCUCAAACUCAUCAUUCAUCAUUCUUUACUAAUGGAGGGAUUGACUGGCAUCCAAAUCUCCAGUCUGAACAAAAUCUUGUUACUCGUGGAGACUUGCCUCGAUUUAUAAUGGAUUCAUAUGAAGAGUGCCGUGGUCCCCCUAGGCUGUUCCUUCUGGAUAAGUUUGAUGUAGCUGGGGCUGGGGCAUGUCUGAAGCGUUAUACUGAUCCAUCGUUCUUUAAAAUGGAGUCAGCUUCAUCUAUAACUGGCAUAGAAGUUCAAAGGGAAAAGAAAAUUCGUAAAGUCAAGCUGAAGAAAGGAGCCCGGUUGAGGGAUGGUGAAGCCCCUAACAUUGUACCAACACAUGCAAAAUUACAUCAGCUGCUUCUUGAAGAGCGUAUUGAGAAUGGUUAUAGUAAUCCUGCCCGUCUAGUGAAGUUGAAGAAAAGACAAUUGAAUGGACCUGCAGUUGAAGCAAAAGCUGGGAAAAGUUACAUGGAGAAAUUUUUUGAAACUCCCUCACCAGACCGUAAAAUGAUUUGUGAAACUUCAAUCUUCCCACUGCCUGCGAAAGUGACAUCGGAUGAUACUAGUGAGGCAGGAAUUAAGAUCCUUGAAAUCAGUAGCAUUAGUUCUGUGAAAAAGUCUUCAGGAAAUAAAAACUCCUACUCUUCUCCUAUGGAGCAGGAGUUAGAACUAAAACCAUUUUCAGAAGUGGAUGAUGGGACAAAUGUAGAUCUUGUGACGGUGAAACAAGUCUCAGCUGAUGUGACAGAUAAUAUGUCUUCUAAUCGUCUUCAGUUGCCUGAUGAAACAGAAUUGGUUACUGAUGAGCAACAGAAAAUAGAAGGCAGCUUAGAUGGGUACCAGUCUGACGAUGUGACUAGUGAGGUUGACAAUUACAUGGAUGCUUUAACUACCAUGGAGUCAGAAUUGGAAACAGAUAAUGAGUAUAAACCUAAGAAAAGCUUGAAUAUUAAAAAGGCAACCGAUACUGAUGAUAAGGGAGGACAUCUACUACAACCUCGUUUUUCAGAUUCUCAAUCAUUUGGAGACUCCUCAAUGUCUGACGACAUUAGUUCAUUCAAACAAGAUAGAAAUGAAGAACAUAUUGAAGUGCAAGCUCAGUUGUCAGAUUCUCAAUCAACUGGAACCUCCUCUACAUUAGACAAUAUUAGUGCUUUCGGAAGAGAUGGAACUGAGCAUGUAGAAGUGCAAGCUCACUUCUCAGAUUCUCAGUCUAUUGGAAACUCCUCUAUGUCAGAUGAAAAUGGUUCUUUCAAGAAAGAUAGAUCUGAUUUCCAUCACUCUGAAUCAUUAAGAACUGUUGUUGAAAAUGUACAAUCAGAACCUAUAUUAUUCACAAAUACCAAGUAUUAUGAACAGGAGGUUGAAGAUACUCCAUCCAACCAGCUUCCUCAAACUGUUGAGUCUCAAAACACUGAUUGUGAGAGGUUUGUCAUGCAUGAUGAUCCACAUGUUCAUGAAGAAGAGAUUUCUGAUUCAGGGAAAGCCAUUUGUGAUCUGGUGACUUCAGAACAAGUGUUGUGUUCUGAUCUUGGACCUGAACCUGCCUUACCAGUGAUCCUACCUGCAGGAACUCAGUCGAAUGAAACCCCAUCUGACCCUGCUGAACUUAAUUUAAGAUUAGAUGGUAAUGCAGGUAGAGCAGGCCUUGUUGAAUCUAUUGCUUCCAAACCUGUUUCUCUUUCCCUAAUAAAAGAUGAUGCUUGCCCGGUGGAUUCUUCUGAUAAAACAUCAUUAGACAAUUUGGAUGAGGAUGAUCCAUAUAUUCACUCUGAUGAUUUGUUACAAGUUUCUAAUGAUUUGGAGUUAGCUCAUGAAGGUGAAUGCAGAGAUCAUUCUGAAAUCAAUAUGUUCCAGGCAGAAUCUCCUAAUAAUAACGCUUCUGGAAUUUUGGUUAAUAGAAAUAUUGGUUCACAAGGAGAGGAUCCAAUUUGCCCAUCCAUGGAAGAAUUAGACUUCAAUUCAAGUGCUAUGCUGGGACUUGGUUGUCGAGACUCAAGAGAUGAAGAUUGUACUCCAGCAACCCGACUUAAUUCGGAAUCUCCUGUUGUGGAGAUUCCUCCAGUGAGUUGCUUUUCUGGGGAACUAUCUUCUGAUUUAACUCAUAACAAUAGACAGGAUGAUCCUGGCUCACCAGAAAUUGAAGUUUUGUAUUCUGAUCUGCAAUCGAACAUUGAAGAGAUGCCAAAAAUGUUGCAUGGUGAUGAAAUAAAUGGAUCCACUUGCAGUGUUUAUCCAGUUGAAGGUGAUGGUCAUUUUAAUCAUCCAUCUGCUGAUAAUCAUGUGAUGGUAAAUGAUCUAGUCACUGAAAAUGUUCAGUCAGAAGAUCAAGCUGUAAAUUCUGUUCCUUCUGUUGAUAGUGCUGAAAAUGAAGUGGGUAUCGUUACUUGUCCAGCUUCAAGUCUGAUUUAUUCUUCAUCAGGGAUUCUUUCAGAUUUGCAAGAACCUCUCUCAGGUUCUUAUUCUUAUCAGAUGGAAAUGGAAUCGGAUGAAGUAGAAUUGACUCAAAUUUCCAUGGACUCGAAUGCAGUGAAGAUGGAGAAUCAACUGGCACCAUCGCCAGAUGUAACAUCAUCUGAUGUCACAUAUUCUCUGUUGAGUAAUAAUACGGAGUUAGAUGAAACUCUUUCUACUAUGACAGAACUACGUGAGAAAGAGAUGGAAGUUGAUGAAGCAGUUUCUAGAGAAUCUUUGACAGAACUAGAGGAACAAAAGACAGUGGGUCAACCAGAAGUUGCUUCUGCUGAUGUACAAUUGAAUCUAAACGAAUCGGUGCCCUGUGAUCUUCCAGAUUCAAAAAUAUGUGAUAAUAUUCAAAAGUCAUUUCCAAGGGAGAAAUUCCAACAUAGUGCUUUUGUCGAUGACACAAAAAUGGUGCCUGAAUUGUCAGGGUUAGACACCCAGCAGUUGGAAUCAAUAUUUUAUGCUCAGCAGCAUGAUCCCUUACAAAAUGGAAGAGAGAGUUUUUCAUCACCUUCUGGUAACCAAUUGGAGUCUGAAACUGAUUUACAGAUGUUCUCACAAUCCCAAAUUGAUAAACAGGAUGCAGAAUUUCCACUCAAAGAUGAGAAAAACAUUGCCUCAGAGAAAUCUGAAUCUCUGCAGAUGCAGGUCUAUCAGUUGGAGCAAGAAGGCACUCAUGCUACUUCUGAAUGUGUUUCAGAGAUCCAUGCAGAUAAGCCAUCAUCAUUUAAUUUCUUGCCAGAGUCAUCUAGCCCGGAGAACAACCCUGCAAAGCAUUUCAUGGAGCCUUUGAAGCCUCUUCUUCCUAAUCUAUUUCCCAAGGCAACUGAAAAUAAUCUUGAUGAAAUGCCACCUAUGCCCCCUCUACCCCCUAUGCAGUGGAGAAUGAGCAAGGUUCAGCAUACUUCCCUAGCUUCACAAAGAGAAGAGUUAGAAGUAAGUCAGGCCUCGGUCCAGCCAAUGCAGCCAACUAAACCUGAUCAGAAAUCUCAAUUUGGUUUUCCAACUUCAGAGAGAGACACCUUGUUGUAUCAGAGUCCAUUUUUGCCUGUCAUGGCUGUGGAAAGUGAUAAGCUCCAACAUUCUUCUGGGUUUUCUGUAGGUGUUUCAGGGCAUCCUGUUGCCAUACCUUUUCAAUUUCCAUUCAUGGUUAAUGAAUCAAAUGGUCAAUAUAAUUACCUACUGCUAGACAGAAGCCAAAUUCAGAACCCCUUCUUAACAUUACCUGGGGUAUCUACCGGCAUGCCUUCUCAAGGUUUUAUUGUUGCUUCUGAGGAAGAAAUGAUACAGAAUUCAAGCCAAUGUGCGCCAAAACCAGCUGCUGCAUAUGCUGUUUCUGGACAUGAUUCCAUCUCUCCACAAGAAAAGCCCACUCAACCUCCUCAUCAGUUAAUGACAGAUUCUAGUUCAGAUGAUAAACCAGUUAAGCAGAGUACAAGUGAUAUGGUAUCUAUGGACAGGCCUCCACAUAGUCAUGCCGUUGCUUCCGAGGGAGAAAUGGUACUGAAUUCAAACACAUGCCCUGCAAUUCCACCUGCUGAAUGUACUGUUUCUGGACAUGAUUCCAUCUCACCUCAAGACAAACUGACUCAACCUACAAGCCAAUUAAUGACAGAGCCUGGUUCAGAUGAUAGAACACUUCUGGAAUCAGUAACUAAUGUCGUAUCUAUGGACAGGCCUCAUGCUUACGCUGUUGCCUCUGAGGGAGAAAUGGUGCAAAAUUCUAACCUAGGCCCUCCUGUACCACCUGUUGAAUGUGCUGUUCCUGAACAUGAAUCCAUUUCUUCUCAAGAAAAACUGACUCAACUUCCAAGUCAAUUAAUGUCAGAGACUAGUUCUGAAGUUAAAGCAGCUCCACAGUCUAUAAAUAAUGUGGAACGGGAACAAGGAUGUCUGCCUGUCUCACUUAUGUCACCAUCAAACAUGGAAAGUAUGGAGCCUAAUCAGAGUGUCCUGCCCUUUGAGGGGGAAAUGGUGACGUACUUGGAUACAUCUGCUCAAACAUCAGAUAUUGAGAGCGAAAGAACAAAUGGGAAACCAAAGAAUAAGCUUCCUCGUCCUCGUAAUCCUCUAAUUGAUGCUGUUGCUGCUCAUGACAAAAGCAAGCUUAGGAAGGUUACUGAACGGGUUAUGCCUCAAAUAGUACCGAAGGUAGAUGAAAGAGAUUCUUUGCUAGAACAGAUAAGAACAAAGUCCUUCAACUUGAAGCCUGCUGGUUCUACACGACCUAGCAUUCAAGGUCCAAGAACAAAUUUGAAGCUUGCGGCCAUCUUGGAGAAAGCAAACGCAAUUCGCCAGGCUUUAGCUGGAAGUGAUGAAGAUGAUGAUGCGGAUAGUUGGAGUGACUCUUGAAUUUACGAUGGAAAACGAUCUCAGUUGGUGGAUGAAUAGAAAUCUCCCUGAAAUGCAAGAUUCUUUAUCCUACUCUAUGUUCAUAUAUGAUAUUCUGAACUCCAUAUAGCUCCUCUUAGUCCGCUUUCUUCUCUCGCUCUCACACACACAUAUAUAUGCAUGAUCAUUGGUACUAGCAUGCAGAUUAGCAUCAAUGCUGAUCCAAACUCACUUCACUCGGGAAAUGUCAGGCUCAGCGUGCAAGCGCUGUACCAGUCCAGAUCAACCUAUCAACAGAUUCCCCCAUGCCCCGGUUCAUAUAAGCACGUGUAUAUUUUGUAUUGUGUCAUAUUUUUUCGAUUUAUAGUCAUGAGUAUCCAAUUUUGUAAUUCUGUGAUGUAGUGUUUCGUGACCCCAUUUAUCAUGUAGUUCAUCGGUGUUCAGUAUAGUAAUAUAUAUAAGUGAGUAAAGUCAUUUCAGUGUACAGUUCCAUUGUCUCUUUUGUUCACUGAUUCACCCUCUAUUUGAUCACUGUUAUAUUAGCAAGCAAAUUGGAAUCGGCAGUGGUAAAAUUUAAAUAAAUGUAGAGUCAAUAGACCUGCUUCUG